AUGAAGUCCCGCAACAUCUUAUCCAUUUUCAUCUUAUCGAUAGUGGCUAUUACCCUCGUUACUGAUGCAUUGUCGCAUGAGAAGACGGACUAUGAUCCAGAUUACGACGAAGUGCUCAGGGAGUUUGAGUAUGAGCCAAAUGCCGAGCUCUCACAUCGCCUUGCCUUAUCCUUUGCCCCAAGCCGGUUCCUUUCGCAGAAAAGGAAGCGCACGCAUCACUUGACUUGCAACAAGUUUCCUAGGAUAUGCCGCGCAAAGGGAAGUCCCGAUUGCAAGAAGAAGUGCGUCAAUCUGCUGGCCGACCGGCUUAACUGCGGGAUGUGCGGGAAGAAGUGCAAGUACAAUGAGAUUUGUUGCAAAGGGAUGUGUGUGAAUCUAUCGUUCAAUUGGAAGCAUUGCGGGGGUUGUAACAAUAGGUGCAAUAAGGGCGACUUUUGUCUAUUGGGGCUCUGCAAUUAUGUUUAG